AUGAUGGAUCCCAGAUCUCAUCCGUCGCGGCCCCCAUCCACCAGCUUACCCCAAGGCUCCACGCCUCUCCCGACUACUAUCUCGAGUAUGCCAAUGCCUCAGUACACCAUGCAGCCUCAGUACCCAGUGUCCCAGCCUCAUACUCUCCCCCCGCUGCAGCCUCAUCACAGCCAAUCUCCUGCCCCUCAUUCCUACAUGGGCCAGCCGGCGUAUAGGCCGGAUCUGUCGAGGUUUCCCACUUCUACUCACGAUGUUUACGCGUCGUCUACUGCUCCUAUCAUGCCUCACACCACCGUGGGUAGCCUGCCUCCAUCUUCGUUCCUCUCCCACCCCAAUCCGCAGGCACAGCCCCAGCCUUCGCAAUAUCCUCCACCUCACAGCGUGCUGCCUCCGGCUUCUAGCGCGCAGACAUAUCCGCAGCCAAUCGCGCCGGCACCCCCGCGGGACCGGCGCCCGGACUUUUCUGGCAUGCCCUCCGGUGCUUUCAGCUACUCAGAUGGCAAGGGCUCACCCUGGAUGAACCCGGAUCCUGUUGCGGGCGCAAAUGGUGCCUCGCCCUACGGUGCAAAGGAGCCCCCCCGUACACAGGUGGUUGGCUCUCAAGGCCGACGCGGAAUUCUCCCGAGCGUUCCGGGACGCGCCACGCCAGUCGCAAACGGCGUCAAUGGCACGGCGAAGAACACCACAAUUCCGGCCAAGGAUGCCGAUGGAAAAUUUCCUUGCCCGCACUGCAACAAGACCUAUCUUCACGCCAAACAUCUGAAGCGUCAUUUGCUCAGACAUACCGGUGACCGCCCAUACAUGUGUGUUCUGUGCAAGGACACUUUCUCCCGUAGUGAUAUUUUGAAGCGCCACUUCCAGAAAUGCUCGUUACGACGCGGCAACCCGACGGGAGCGACCCACUUGUCGCAUCCCCAGGCACAUUUGAAGAGGUCUCAAGCUGCGAAUCCUGCUAAACCGGUUCAGGAUGAAGUCAGUAGUACCGUCCCUCCUGCCACUGCCCUUCCGGGUACGGCUUACGGCGAGGGGGCCGUGAACGGUAACGGGCUGGCUUCAGGCCGACCUGGGUUCACGGAUCAGCAGCCUCUGGGCUUUUCGAUGUCGUCGGUCAAUGGGAUGAACCGUGGUCAACCGGAUGACGCGUUCCCCGCUGGUCAGCCACAUCAGAGAGGCCCCUGGCUGGCGGCUCCCAAGCAGAACCCGUAUCUCGCGCAACCUGGCACUGAUGUAUCUCAGCAGCUGAGUGUUGACCGUCCUUCCUAUGAACAGGUAAAACCCCCGGUGGUCCAAGACCCUAAGCGCCCAGUAAUGCCUGGGCCCACUCCCAAUCACACUGGCGAAAUUGACUGGACUUCGAUGUUUCAGCCCGGAGCGAAUGAUGGUUACAUCAACCCCGUUUUCCCCCAAUCCAUGGCGUCUGGCCAGGAGCCGAUCCAUGCUCACGUCGAUACCGAACGGAAAUUCUAUCCUACCACGACCGGUGGUCCCCAGGAAGGUGGCAUGAACGGUCUUUACUUGGCUUCGACCACUUUGGCCGGUGAUGGUACCGUCCCGCCCGCGAGGCAAUAG